AUGUCGGAACUCCUUGCCAUAGCUCGUCACGUGUACUUAAUUAAUCCAUCAACAGGCAUCUUCAAAACACUUAAUUCCGAAGACUGGUCUUCGACGAUAACAGCCGCGCAUAUUCCUUCAACCAAUAAAAUUUAUGCAACCACAACAUUCAAUAAUCUUUGGGAAAUUUCUCUGCCCGACCAAGUUCGAAAAAUCAGUUGGGAUGGAUGGGGAACAUGCAACGCUUUAGUCGCUGUAGCGAAUGACGAAGGAGGACAUAAAUUAUUUGCAUUUUGUCGUAAACUUUGGCUAGUCGAUGAUCCAAGUACUGGUCACUGCAUAGAUUACUUGGGUGGAUAUACAGAUGUGUGGGCAAGAGUUAACGCUGCAACUGCUGUGGGAAAAAAAAUCUUUGCAACUACUUCUGCCAAUAAUUUAUGGGCCAUUGACACUACUGCAAAAGAGGAACCAAAGAAACUUGGUGGUGGUUCUGAUAAUUGGUCUACAUGCAAAGCAUUGGUUUUUACGAAUGAAAAAUUAUUGGCAUUUUGCUAUGGAUUAUGGGAAAUUAACCCGCAUAAUGGAAAUUAUACGCCGUUCUUCGAUGGAGAUUCGGCUAAUUCUCCAGACGCAAAACGGUCUUGGUUAAGUGUUAAAUCGGCUACUGUUAUUGGCACAUGUGUGUAUGUAGUAUCUGGAAGUCAACUACUUGAAUUGGAUACGGUUACAAAGAAAGUCCGAGAGUUAAGUCAAGAUGAUUGGGGAACAACAAAAGCUUUAAUAGCAGUCAAUAUAAAAUGA